AUGAAGUUCUCAAAGAUUCUUUUAUUUUCCUCGAGUUUGACGGCUGCUUUUGCUCAAAUUCAGCAACACAUCGAUGUUAGUGAUAUUAAGAUAGAUACCACCCAAAAUGAUGAUUCAGUAGAAGAGAAGGCUGACUCUAUGAUCGAACCAGAUGUUCAAGAGGAACCUAAAAUUGCAAAGUUCUUAAUUGAAUAUGAUGUUGUUGAAGCAGAAAAGAAAAACUCUAAAGGUAUCGUCGAGGCACACAAGGGCGAAGAGAUUACCUUCUUCUACAAUUUUACCAAUCAAGAAGACAGUGAUGUAAAUGUCUUUGGUAUUGGUGGCUCUAUAAUAGAACCUUCAAGUGGUCAAGUAAUUGCGCAAAUUCCAUUAGCCGAGUUUAGUCCAUUGUACGUUGCGGUCAAUGAAAGCACUAAUUUCAAGCAAUUGUUACCAGUUAACCUACAUGAAGGGAUCUUCUACGUCAUACCCCAUGUUUAUGUUAACAAGGAGGGUGAAGAAAUGACUGUCGCUGCCGCAGGUUCAGCUAUUCAAGUGGUCCCUCCUCCAAUGUCAAUUUUUAACCCACAAUUCUUGUCCAUUCAGGUAUUCUUCUUGGCUAUUAUUGCAUCUGUCUCCUACUAUGUGUUUGGAUUCAGUUUGAAUUCUAGUAAGGAAAAGCCUGCCAAAAAGCAAGCUAAGGCAAAUCCAAUCGAGGAAUGGCUUCCUGAGACACACAAAAAAUAA